CGAGAAUUGGUUCUGCUGGGGUAAUAUGAGGGAAAUUUUGCUAGUGCCCGCCUCACAAUUUAUUAUUUUACGUCCCCAACCGUCUGCUGGUAUUAAAAUGCCAAUACCUGGUCCUUGCGCAAACCACAUCCCUUUCCCCUCACUUUCUUUCGUUCAAGAUAAUUUUUGACCAUCAAAAUGAGAUUGCCUUCGUAUAGGUCCUCUCACAUGCUUCGCUACCAUCCUUACCCUCGGGUCGGCCUGAGCCAACGUGAGAUGUUAACGCACACCAUUGAGGAAAGUGGCCCUUUGUUGCAAAUCAACAACCCACUCAGCGGCCACAACAUUGAAUAUGAGGACACCUCAAAUGCUCUCGAUCUCCCUGGUAAUGAGGAGCAAGUGGAAAAUGCCCCGAACCCCCCAGAGGUGGUCGAGGUCCCAGAGCAAGUGUUCUUUUAUUCACAUCUCCUAACCCACGUUGUGUCAAAGGUCAUUUUAUUAUUUGUGGUAAGGAAACUCGCUGUCAUCGCCCAAUAGUCGCGCCGCGUUUCACAUUAUGCCCGGUUCAUAUUUUCAUCUGACAUUUAUCGGCUCCCUGUCAACUUGUAUAUCACCACAUGCACAA